AUGUCUGCACCAACAUGGGUAAUAGUGCCUGUAUCUACGAUCGGAUGCGGUAAACUGACCCUUUUCAGAGCCCUAACGGCGAUAUAUCCGCAACUUACACAUAUAGAGAAUGACAGGAUCGACAACAAGCGAAACUUUUUUCUGACCGUAUCGCAUGCUGUAUCCAACCACCCAGUGGUUCUUAUAGACCGCAACAACCACAUGGAAAGACACAGACAGGAGCUUUUUGAGAUUCUAAGUGAAAAGGACGUGAACAUUGUUGUGGUCAAUUUUGUCAAUUCCAAAACAGCUCUUGCCAAAGUGAAGGGCAUAGUGCUAGACAGACUUAGAGCCAGGGAAACAACCAUCCUACGGAUGCUCAGAUUGGUCGUUGGGCUGUUUUUCCGUGAUUUUAGGCCGUACAAUGCCCGUGAAGAGGACCCAGAGUCCAAGAACAAGAAACUAGAUCUCGAUAUGACGAAAGACAUCAAGUGGAACUUGAGGAGGCUCAUUAGGUUCUUUCAUGAAAACUUGGGGUUCGAAGUGCCCAGCGAUGAGGUGCUAUCCAGGGAAGUUGAAGCCGUGAAGGAGUACCAGGUGCCUGAGGAGGAGAAACGGUUCAGGAGGCCGAAGAAAGGGUCCAAGAGAGAAGGGGAUCAGGGCAGAAACGGGCAAAGUAGAAAUAAUGGAGGGAAUAAGAGGCCCAAGUCGAAGAAUGGAAAUGAGAAGAGCGAGGGGUUGAAAGCAACGGAUUGGGUGAAAACGGCGAACAGUGUUGUGGUUAAUGGCGAGGUGAAGAAGGACUGA